GCCCGGUCUCCGCGGCCUUUGUAGUCGCUUCGAAGGCCUCGCUCGCGGCCAAAAAGUUAGCCCCUCCCACGUUGCCAUGGAAACGGGGACCCUGCGAAACCGCGAGAAGGUGUAGGGAAGGCCUGCGGGGUACUUGCAUUUCUUUCCUCGUAAUGAAUGCCUUUGUAUUUCUAUUUGUUAUCUUUUUUAUUUUUUUUGCUUGGGCCUCUGCCUGUUAAAUGUCCCACCGCUCCCCGAGGGCACCCUGCACGUGAGAGGCCCCCCAAAACACUGCCGGUCUGACUGCGUUUAUCUUUGCGCCCCGUGGAGCCGGACGAGGCCCAGACCGGCCUCCUGCACCCGUGAAGCGGGAGCCCCCGGAGGAUGCGGCCCCGUGUCUACCUUCCUGACCACAUAGCUUGGAAAACAGCGUCUUAAAUAGUUAUUUAUUUUAGUUAUGUAUUUUUAAGCAACAAAUGGAAAAUUGGACUUCAGAAUUAUUUCUGUGUAGCGCAGUUUGAAACAGCCUGUAAUGGCCAUCCCUCCAGAAACAGUCGUUUCUUGAAAUUGCUCCUAUGUUGAAACACCUUUUCACUUGAAAUUUGGCCUAAUUCAUUAAUCUUUUGAAGGUAUAUGGGUGAAUAUUUUUAUACUCUUUUUUUUAAUUGUAAGAAGUGAAGUUCAAAGUAUUGCAGUAUCUAAAACUCAUUGUUAGAUUGAAGCAAAAACAAAAACCAACAACGAAAGGCUGGUCGUCUGAUGAUAAGGAAAUUAAUUACAGAGAAAUUGAAUAUCCCUUGGAAUAAUAUUCGUUUGCAAAGAACUGCAAAAGGAAAACCAGUUCUUGCAAAAGACUCAUUGAAUCCUUACCCCAAUUUCAACUUUAACAUCUCUCAUCAAGGGGACUAUGCUGUACUUGCUGCUGAACCUGAGCUACAAGUUGGAAUUGAUAUAAUGAAAACUAGUUUUCCAGGUCGUGGUUCAAUUUCAGAAUUCUUCCAUAUUAUGAAGAGAAAGUUUACGAAUAAAGAAUGGGAAACAAUCAAGAGCUUUAAGGAUGAAUGGACUCAGCUGGAUAUGUUUUAUAGGAAUUGGGCACUGAAAGAAAGCUUCAUAAAAGCCAUAGGUGUUGGACUCGGAUUUGAAUUGCAACGGCUUGAAUUUGAUAUGUCCCCAUUAAACCUGGACUUAGGUCAGGUUUAUAAAGAAACACGUUUGUUUCUGGAUGGAAAAGAAGAAAAAGAAUGGGCUUUUGAGGAAAGCAAAAUAGAUGAACACCAUUUUGUUGCAGUAGCUCUUAGGAAACCCGAUGGAUCUAGACAUCAAGAUGCUUCAUCACAAGAUGAUUCUAAACCAUCCCAGAGGCAGUUUACAAUUCUUACCUAUAAUGAUUUAAUCUCAUCUGCUGUUCCUAUGACCCCUGAAGAUCCUUCAUUUUGGGACUGUUUUUGCUUCACAGAAGAAAUUCUGAUACGAAAUGGUACAACGUCAUGAUAUGACAAGUAACAAAGGGAAGUGAAAGCUGUUUGUAAUAUUCUGUAUUCACUAAAAAAUAAAUGCCUGAUACUAUUAUACUAUUAAAUUUUAUUUCACGAAACAGUUUGAAAAAGAAAAACAACUUUUCCUAUUAGAAAGCUUACUCCCAGUUUAAAAUAGCUUAGCAGAAUACAAGUUUACCUUUUCUCCCGCCCAAGAAUCUCAUGAAUUGACAGAAGAAAUAGAAAAGGGAGGCAGAAUUUUGGGUGACACAGGCACCCCUUGGUUCACUGCACUUUGCUUUAUUGUGCUUCACGGGUGUUGCGUUUUUACAAAUGGUUAGCAAGACCCUCCACCAGCAAAACGAUGACUAUGGUAAUCGGGGACUGAAUCUGUAAUACCUGAAGCAUGCCUAUACAUGCUUAUUGUAGAAAAACAAAAUGCAAAUUUGCAAUAAGGAAACAUUUAAAUUCCUGUCUUUCAGACAUAACUAUAUCAGAGGUAACUAUUUCUAAAUCCUUUUAUUGUCAAAUGAGUCUAUAUUAAUGUAUUUGUUUUUUAAUAAAAAAAUGGGAACAUACUAUUUUUUUUUUCUUAACUGCACAUCUACUGUUCAUAAAAACUUCCAUGGCAAAACUUUUCCUGGCUCUAAAGUAUUCUAUUGAAUGGCUAAUAUCAGUUAGGGUGCUUUGACCAGAGAUAAUAGUAUCCAAAUAUAAUUGAGAUAAUAAAUGUUAUCAUACAUUCAUUAUCUCAUACAAUACACAGUUGAGAGGGGUCAUUAGAGAGACUUUUUUUGCCUCAGCCUCAGUUUAUUUUGCCUUAGACUUGUUUCAUGCUUAUGAUAGCUGCUGUGCUAUACCUCCCAUCUUCACGUCAUAAGAUUGCAUCUAAAAAUAGGGAAGGCUGUUUCUCUUCUCACCUCUCAGUUUUGUUAGUGAGGAGUACAUUUCCCAUGAGUCCCCAGAAGAUUCCCCCUCAGUUUCCCUGGACUCAGAUCAGAUCACUGAGAAAGCCAAUGUGGACUCUGGGAAGCAGACUUGGUAAAGAAGACGCUGAAGUGAGGGGGAGAAUGGCAUCCAGGGAAAGCCACUGCCUGUGGUAGGGGGUGUACCACAAUUGACUCAUUUUGUCCUCCAUUAGACAUUUGAUUUACUGUAAACAGUGGUGCAGUGAAUAUCCUUGUAAAUACAUUUUGAGAUAUGUGCUUAUGUCCUUGAGAAAGUUUCUGGAAGUGGAAUGAUUGGCUCAAAGGGUUUAAACUUUUUUAGAGCUUUGAUAAAAAUUGCCAAAUUGCUCUCCAAAACUGUAGUGCAACUUGCACUUCAAGUUAGUUUUAAAUGUGUGACCCCCCCUUCCACCCUCCACCUGCAUACUCCCUGGUAAACUCUAGAUUUUUUUAAAAUUCAAUCUUUGUCAAUAUGAGUAGAAAAUGGUACCUUAUUUUUUAAAUUUCUAUUUCUUUUCAUUACAAAUAAGAUUGGUAUGUCAGUGUUGUUAUUGGCUGUUUGUAUUCCUUCUUUAAUGAACUGCCUGUUCAUUGUCUUUGCCUGUUUUCGUUUUAGUAAAUAGUACUUAAUUUAAAGUGGGAACAUAAUAUAUAAAAUGCCAAGCCCAUCAUAUUGAUGACAGAUCUAUGAUAUGGUUGUAGUGCAUGCCUUGGGGAGUUAGUCUUGUUGUUGCUUAAUAUCAAGAAGUGAAAUAAGUUUAUUGUUUCCAUUACUAAAAUUGAAAGUUGUGUGAAAUUAGAUGCUUUGCUUAGUAAAAAAAUUUGGAAUGUUUUAUAAUAUUUUAUUAAGCAUGCCCAAACAGUCCAAGAAUAGUAAAAUAACUUGUUUUAAAUGGAUCAAAUGGCAUUUAUAAUAUGAGAAAUGGCAUCAUUAUCCUUAGCAUGAAUGUAAUGGUAAUAUGAAAAACUGUCAUCUGUCUUGUUAUUAUAAUAAUAAAAUGAUUAACAUUGAAUUUUUAUGAGC